UUCAAGUAGUUUUUACUUGAAGUGUUCGCGCAAUAUUCCUUAAACUUGGUCCAAGGCAGAACACCCUGGAAAUCGAUUCCUCGUCCCUUCUGGGUGCUGGGGACGGAGUGGGGAGGAGCGCGUCGAGGGCGGGCAACAACUGUUUGUGACCUCGAGUCACGCAAUCUCGCCAAAGUUGUCCCGGGAUUUGUGUACGAACGGUCGGAUGAUAUGGCUACAUUUUGAACAACGAAUUGGUUGAAUCGGGGCUAUUUUACUUGAAAACUUUUUUUAUAUCGUAUUACACCAUUAACUGGUGGUGACUGCACGGUGUGACAGUCAGAAAGUUUGAAAACACCUCAAACAAUGCUUACAGACCCUCUGAUUUAACCUUGUUCAAUGUACAAUGGGAUGUGGAGCUUCAGUAUCUCAAUCUAAUACCAUCAAUACCAUUCAUCCAAACCAGCCUGCUCCAUUUCUAAGCAAAACAUUAAGGUUGGCUGAUAAUGAAAUUGUUGAAGAGGAAGAUGAUUUCGAUGAAAGUGACAGUGAGACUUCAUUGGCAAAUGAGACAGAUGAUAAUGAGCCAUCAAGGGACCUAAGUUAUGAAGGGCCAAAACAAGACCACCUGGUGCCCGUUGAUUUGCAGAUGGGACGUAAGAUUCCUGAGAAAGACCCUGUGGUGUACAGUUUGCCAGCAAGAAAGCUUUUGAUUGGGGAUAUCACUGAUGAUAUUCCAGAGAAUGUGAAAGUUGUGAGAAUUUUUACAAGCUCAACAUUUACAGACACGUCAGUUGAGCGAAACACUCUUAUGGAACAGGUUUAUCCCAAACUGAAGUCUUUCUGCCAGGAGCGAGGCUAUGAUUUCCAAGUGGUGGACAUGAGGUGGGGAAUCAGGGAGGAAGCCACAGAUGAUCAUAUGAUGACAGAGUUAUGUAUGAGAGAAUUGACCACCUGUCAAAAGCUGUCAACCGGUCCUAACUUUGUAGUAAGUACCACUUGCAUGAUAAUGAGCUCCGAUAUUCACUGGUCUCUUGAGUACAGUCUACUGGCGCAGGCUCUCUUCCUGAACAGCAGCUGUUCUGAUUCAGUGACAGAAGAAGAAAUUCGACGUGGCAUUAUCAAUUCCCCGUCACCUACAAAACACUGCUUUUGGUUUAAAAGAGUCAUCGCGGAUUUAAGAAAGAACACUCGUAAAUCUGAGGCGUCCAAAUUUAUCGAUAAAACACAGGAUGCUUCAAAUAUUGACGAGACCGCGCAAGAGCUUUUAAACUCGUUACAAGACGAGGAGAUGCCUCAAGUGUUGCCUAGCAACAAUGUCAUUCAGUACGACAUCUCAUGGACCGACAACGGUGUCGACCCAGUCUCUACUCGGGAGCAUAAAGAAUACAUAGAAAACCUAUGCAACAGGUUUUACUUAACUCUCUGUGGAAUGAUCCAGGAAGGAAUGGAAGAGAGUGAUACGCUGCAGAUCAAUGACCCGUUAACGAAAGAAGUUUUGGAUCACGCAUCUUUUUGUCUGCGAAAGUGUAAGUCAUUUUACGGAAGGGAAGACUUUUUGGGGACAAUUCGGGACGGUUUCAUAAACAGCAAUGGGGAGAGAGUUGUUGUGAUUUAUGGUGAAUCGGGUUGCGGCAAGACUUCCAUCUUGGCAAAGAUGGCCAAAGACGUGAAACGUUGGCUGGAAAAUCAGAACUGCUUUGCUGUGUUUAGGUUUCUUGGAACGUCUCCAGACUCGUCUAGUGCCAGGCUUCUGCUACGAAGCAUCUGUCAACAGCUGUGCAAAUUAACGGGACAGAACACUGCUAAUAUCCCGGAUGACAUGAAGUCGUUAUCAGAGUUCUUUCCAACGUGCCUUGAAAAGGCUUGUGCUGAAAUGCGGGUUGUGCUCAUUCUAGACUCGCUUGAUCAACUGUCUACAGAGGAUGGUGGAAGACGGCUGGAGUGGUGGCCUCGAAAUUUACCUGAAAAUGUGUCGGUCAUCAUGUCUACACUGCCAGGAGAGGAAUUUGAAACUUUUCCUAACUUAAAGGUGAGUUCGAUUCAGAAAUACCCGUUUACAGGAGGUGUUGCAAUAAUUAGACAUUUCAAAAGCUAAUGUAUUUAAAACGGUGAGAUAUUUAGUGGCAAGUUCACGAUCUUCGUGGGUCACCGAUCCUUCUAACUUAGGAGGAUUUAUGUGGCUAAGCUCAACAGACAUACCAUUCUCGU